AUGGGGCAAGUUGAAGAACAGAGAUUCGUGUGCAAAAUCUGCAGCAAACCCUGCAUUAGUGGGAAGUCUUUGGGAGGCCAUAUGAGGGCUCAUUUAGCUUCCAAGAAAUCAGCUGUGAAUCCCAACUGUGUGGAAGAAUUCGGAGAUAGUGAUGAGAGCAAACACGCCCUUACUGCAAAGACAACGAAUUCUUGCAGAGAAUGCGGCAAGGAAUUCGCCUCGUUGAGGGCUCUUUCUGGCCACAUGAGGUGCCAUUCCAUCAAGAACGACAAGGAGGUGCAUUCGUGCAAGGAAUGUGGCAGAGGGUUCGUAUCCAUGAGGGCCGUGUUUGGUCACAUGAAGAGCCAUUCUACUAAGAGAGUGGUGAUGAAGGUGGUGUCUAGUGUUGUUGUUGAGAAUUUCUGCCCGGUUCGGAGGAAGAGAUCCGAGAUCAAGUAUAAGGGCACUGUGAGUGUGAAUCCUUCGUUUUCGGGUGUGGAUGCUUCUCAUUGUGGCGCCUCUGAGGCAGAGGAGGCUGCUAGGUGCUUGGUGAUGCUCUCUAGGGGUGUGGGAAGUUUCUCGAAGCUCGUCUCAGAUUCUGAUCACUCUGGAGGUGUUGUUGCAUCAAAUGGAAUGGAAGCGAUGGGAUUUGAUCGGGUCGAGCAAGAGAUGGGAUCAGCUCGUGGCUCGUUGAGGGGAGCCGCGAGUAUGAGGCGCUGCAGCUCACUACUUGAGAUGGAUGCAGUGGCUGUGAUUUGGUGA